AUGUCGCACUACGUCCAGACCGGAGAGGGAAUGGAGGUCGAUCCAACAAAGACCAGUCUUGUUGGUCGAUCGCCAAGUGUCAACCAGAAGAUUCACUAUGUUGGCGGCGAAAAUGCACCAGAGGUGGUGCCUCAGCAUGAAAUGUACCAGGAGGGUAUGAUUUAUGAGAACCCAGCGCCGACAUAUGGGCAAGAACAGGUGGCGGAGAAGAGUGGGAAGGGGGACACAAUUUGUGGAAUGCGGAAGAAAUUGUUUUGGAUACUACUAGGAGUACUGGCAUUGGUGGUUAUAGUGGUGGUGGUGGUGGUCGCGGUAGUGGUGACGAAGAAUAACUCGAACUCGAAUGACGGAUCAACCUCGUCAGGAUCUGGCACAUCAACAGCGCCAACCGCAACAUCUAGUGGAAGCUCACCUUCAGCAACAGCAGCAGGCGACAUUAUAUCCAAUGGGUCCGAAUUCGCCGCAAUAAAAUCCGGAAACUCAAUGCAAUUUUUCUACCAAACUAACAACGGAAGUGUCUUCUAUGAGGUCCAGACGGGAGAAAAGAUCACUAGUGGGCCUAGUAUCGUGCCUGGACUUACGGGGGCCAAGAGCGGGACACCGUUGGCGACUGUCAGCUGGGAUGAUGGAGCUGCGAUCCGACUGUACUAUCUCAACAGCGACAAUGAAAUUCAGGAAUAUGUAUACGACAAUAGCACUGGCUGGUAUAGUGGUUCCCUGUCAGGAGAGGGUAUCCGUGCUGUCGACACUAGUCGGCUCGCAGCGAUAAAGUACGGCGACAACCUUGAGAUUAGACUUUAUUUCCAGGUCUCUGGAGGAGUAAUCCAAGAGUACACAUGGAAGGACGGAAACUGGUCAAUAUCACAAUCUCUACAAGUCGGGAUCACUGGAACGGGCCUGGCAGCACUGUAUUAUCCGGACAAUAAUAUCAGAGUUUACUACCAAACGAACGAGACGAGUAAGGUAAUUCACGAAAUAUCAUACGGAUGGCCGGAUAGAACGGGAUGGGAUGAAACUGGUUUUGGACCUGAUAGAAACGCGGUUGCGACGGUAGGGAGCAUAGCGGCUGUUUCAUGGGGCGACACGUCCGAUUGGCAGAUGCGCGUGUUUUACCACCCUCUCGAUUCACCAAGCUCGAUAGCGACUUGGGCAUGGAAGAAUACGACGUGGGUAGGCCCCAAAACUCUGGUCUCAGAUACGACAAUCGACAAUGGGUCAAUAAGCGCAAUGAGCCCAGCGGUCGACCAGUACAGGAUUGUGUACCAGGAUUCAUCCAACUCAUCCACGGAUUUGCUGGUUCAAGAGUGA